GGACACAUCUGAUUAAACUUGUUGAAUCCAAAAGUCACUAACGACUAACGAGUACGUUACCUCUCACUUCACAAUCACAUCCACCUUCUUUCUCUGUACUUUUUUCACUUCUGUUCUUUUUUUUUUUUCAAACUCUUUUUAUUUACACUUAACAAGUACAAGUACUAUUUUCUUCACCCUUUUUUUCACUUCACAUUCACAACACUUUCAUAAUUUUUUUAGGGUUUUUCUUUAUUAGCCCUAAAACUUGUUAGUUUCCCACAAAAAUAACUUUUUUUUUCAGGGUUAUUUUCUAUUUCUAAAACCCAUCAAUAUAAUCGCUUGAUUUUGCUGAUUCUGGUUUUCACAACGAUUUUUGGGUAAAGGGUUGUUAUAGAAUCCCUUUUCGUAGAAUUUGCUGAAAAUAGUGAAAAAAAAAGCUUAAUUUACUGAGUGAAAGAUGAUUGCUGAGAAACCUAUAUGGGUUAGGCAUGAAGGCAUGCAAAUUUUCUCCAUUGAUGUUCAACCUGGUGGCCUUAGGUUUGCUACUGGUGGUGGUGACCACAAGGUUCGUAUAUGGAAUAUGAAGUUUGUUUCUACUGACUUAACAAAUGACUUAACAAAUGACGAGUCUUCUCAGAGGCUUCUUGCAACCCUGCGGGAUCAUUUUGGGUCUGUCAACUGCGUAAGGUGGGCUAAGCAUGGAAGGUAUGUUGCAUCUGGGUCGGACGAUCAGGUGAUAUUAAUUCAUGAGAGGAAGCCUGGUUCAGGUACCACUGAAUUCGGCAGUGGAGAGCCACCGGAUAUUGAAAACUGGAAAGUCGCAAUGACUUUGAGAGGGCACACUGCAGAUGUGGUGGAUCUUAAUUGGUCUCCUGAUGAUUCCACAUUGGCCAGUGGUAGUUUGGACAACACCAUCCAUAUAUGGAAUAUGAGUAAUGGCAUUUGCACAACUGUUCUAAGGGGCCACUCUAGCUUGGUUAAGGGCGUUGCUUGGGAUCCUAUUGGAUCUUUUAUAGCAAGUCAAUCUGAUGAUAAAACAGUCAUUAUCUGGAAAACUAGUGAUUGGAGUCUUGCUCACAGGACAGAUGGUCACUGGGCUAAAUCACUUGGAUCAACCUUCUUCAGACGACUUGGAUGGUCUCCAUGUGGUCAUUUUAUCACCACUACUCAUGGUUUCCAGAAGCCAAGGCAUUCUGCCCCUGUCCUUGAGAGAGGGGAAUGGUCUGCAACUUUUGACUUCUUAGGACACAACGCUCCAAUUAUUGUGGUCAAGUUCAACCAUUCAAUGUUCAAAAAGCAUUUGUCUACCACCGAGGAAGUGAAGUCUGUGCCUGCCGGGUGGUCCAAUGGGGCUUCCAAGACUGGAAAUAAAGAGCCACAGCCGUACAAUGUUAUUGCAAUUGGAAGUCAGGAUCGAACUAUAACUGUUUGGACUACUGCAAGUCCUCGUCCUCUUUUUGUGGCCAAGCACUUUUUUACUCAAAGUGUUGUGGAUUUAUCCUGGAGCCCUGAUGGGUAUUCACUUUUUGCCUGUUCCUUGGAUGGAUCGGUUGCUACAUUUCAUUUUGAGGCGAAAGAACUUGGUCAGAGACUCAGUGAUACUGAGUUAGAUGAGCUGAAGAGAAGUCGCUACGGUGAUGUGAGAGGUCGUCAAGCAAACUUAGCAGAGAGUCCAGCACAGUUAUUGCUAGAAGCAGCUUCUACCAAGCAAACACCAAGCAAGAAGGUGGUUGCUAAUCCGCAAAAUCAGACAAUUGCAAAAGCUUAUGUUGAUACACGUGUUGGUGCAAAAAGUGUUGGUGCAAAAAAUGUGGAGCCUCAAGUUGAACCUAAUAAGAAGAGUGACGGUCCCGUUGGUGGUGAUGCAUUAAACAAAAUUACAACCUCUGCACGGAUUUCUAGCCCUGUGAAGCAAAGAGAAUAUAGACGUCCUGAUGGAAGGAGAAGAAUUAUUCCAGAAGCAGUUGGAGUUCCUGUUCAGCAGGAAAAUAUUUCUGGUGCAGUUCAAUCCCAAGAACUUGGCUUCCCUGUCAUGUCCUCUGAGCACCAAAGGGGUAACAAUGGAGUUGUAUCUAACAAUGAUACCGUAAGAACAAGUACCUUAGGUGGAGCACCUGGCAGAAAUUCAGAUUUAAAAGAACGCUCAGGGGUUACCGCCAGGGCUACGAUUUCUGAGAGCCUUGUGAUUGAGAAGGUUCCGGCCUCUUCUGGCAGAGAUGGAACCAUCAAUGUUGAGCAGUUGGGAAAUUCGACGACUACCGGUUCUCAUGCCGCUCUUUCGAUUAGGAUAGUUGACAAGAAAAGUGGGGAGGAUACUUUACCUAUUUGUUUAGAAGCAAGGCCGAGAGAACAUGCUGUUAAUGACAUUGCAGGGGUGGGAAAUGCAUCCAUGAUGAGGGAAACAGAAAUUGCUUGCACUAGAGGGCCUCAAACACUUUGGUCUGAUAGGAUAUCAGGAAAAGUCACUGUUUUAGCUGGAAAUGCAAAUUUUUUGGCGGUUGGUUGUGAGGAUGGAUGCCUGCAGAUUUACACAAAGUGUGGGAGACGAGCAAUGCCUACCAUGAUGAUGGGAUCUGCAGCAAUAUUUGUAGACUGUGAUGAAAGUUGGAAGCUGUUGCUGGUGACUAGAAAAGGAUCACUUUAUUUAUGGGAUUUAUUCAGUCGAACCUGUCUCCUUCAAGACUCGUUGGUUUCUCUUGUUGCUUCAAGUCCUAGCUCAUCUGCUAAAGAUACAGGCACCAUUAAAGUUAUAUCUGCAAAGCUAUCAAAGUCUGGUUCUCCUCUUGUUGUUUUGGCAACUCGUCAUGCUUUCAUAUUUGACAUGAGUCUCAAGUGUUGGUUAAGGGUUGCUGAUGACUGCUUCCCUGCAUCAAAUUUUGCCAGCUCUUGGAGUUUGGGCUCUAUUCAAAGUGGUGAACUGGCUGCUUUGCAGGUCGAUGUUAAAAAAUAUUUGGCCCGCAAGCCAGGUUGGACUAGAAUGACUGAUGACGGAGUGCAGACACGUGCUCACUUGGAAGCUCAGUUGGCCUCUUCUUUGGCUUUGGGAUCCCCCAAUGAAUAUCGCCAAUGCCUAUUGUCCUAUGUACGAUUUCUUGCAAGAGAAGCAGAUGAAUCUCGAUUACGAGAAGUCUGUGAGAGUUUCCUUGGACCUCCAACAGGCAUGGCUGAAGAAGCAUCAUCCGAUAAGAGUUUGGCAUGGGAUCCUGUUGUGCUUGGAAUGAGGAAACACAAACUCCUCAUCGAAGACAUUCUUCCAGCCAUGGCUUCAAAUAGGAAAGUCCAGAGACUGCUCAACGAAUUCAUGGAUCUAGUAUCCGAAUACGAAAUUGCUGAUACUAAUCAUGAUCAAAGAAAUCCAGUAUUACUCAAGACAUCUUCACCUGUCACUAAUCUAAUAGAGAGUGGUCCCUUAGGAACAUACGUAAAUGACACUCCUGAGGACAGCAUGGACAAUAACACUCGGGUGGUAGAAAGUCGUGAAAAUUUCACUACUGCUGCUAAUGAAGCUAGUGCACAUGAUCAAGUUGUUCAGGAUACACCAGAUCAGGAAUGAGGUUCUUGACCUCUGAAUCUAUCAUUUUUUGGAGUUUGUUAAUAGUAUUUUACCAACAUGGGGUGUUGUUAAAGUGUCAUGGAUGAACAAUGAAUGAAUCUACUUGUAACAUUUUCAUUUUGUUACAUAUCAUAUACUAUGGUUUAGAAUGUCUACUAAUAGGAAUGAUAACAUUUUCUUUUGAUGGUCAAAGUCAACUUUCUAGCUCAACACUUGGAGCUUUACUCUAAAGCUGAAUUCCAAUACGUAGCAAAAUUUUAUAUUGCA